AUGGUAAUCGACGAAAGCAUGGAGCAAGCAAUGCAACAAGCGGCGGCGGCAGCUGAGAAUUCGACUUGGACACGAUCAAGAUCGGUUGCACUUGGACAACAGCCUGGCCCACCCCUAGCCACCCCAAGACGAGCCAACAACAACAACAAUCUUCAACCCCUUGAAGAAGAAGAAAUUGACGGCACGCCCUUAGAAACAGACGAGGUGGAAGAACUACUAGAAGACGCCGCGUUGGUUCUACAAGGAUCCUUGAUUGGCUCGGAUGUCGAUGACGAAACCUCCUGGCAACCCCCAGCAGAGAAAGGGAAAGGAAGGGCGCAUAGUCAAACUAGCCCAACUCCCAGUUUUGACCAAUCCGUCGACCGGUCCCCAGCAAGAGCCAGGGGGCCAAAGGCCCAGGAACCUGCGCAUGACGAUCCCAAGAUCCCAACAUGGGGGGGCGAAAGACUCCAGGAUAUCCUCAGGGGUGGAGAAACUCCAAGAACCCUUUUAGACGGGGGGAGCCAAAAGCCUGACAAAUUACGUAAACCCACUCUGUUGUUGCUCACAGGAGACUUAAACGCACGGGUGAACAGGCUGUUUGCCGAAGGAAGACACGCCGAAGCAAACGGCAUCCUGGAGUACUUCGACAGACAGACGGCGAGGAGCGUGAUUGGAACGGACGGAGUUCGAGUUCCAGCAGCAGGCGGCAGUGGCCUCCCAGACUCUUGCCCCUACACUCUAGUGCAAGAGGAGCUGUCAGCCAGCGAGAAUAGCGUAGGAAACGUACCCCACGUACCCCCAGCCUACACCUCACAACAAUCUCGCCUGGGACCCGUUCACACCGCACAUCCGCAGGUUCAGCCCGCCUACUCGAUGCCAUCACGAGUACAAGGCGAAAUAUACCAGACUCGGAUACCCCCUACGACUCACCCAGAACCACAACUCGCCACGCUCCCCCUACCUAGCCCGUUCCUUACCCAAGAAGACGUCGACGAAGCCGAACAAGUGAAAGUCCUCCUGGCGACCAGGAAAGGCCGACUGGUAUUGCGAAACGGGGACGUCGUCGAGAACGGAAGACUACUGGUGGCAGACUCAUCGGAGAAAAUGGAAAAAGGGUUACCUCAGCUCUCCCCCGUCCUGAGGCACUGGCUUAGAACCUUCAAAUCUCGCCGGAAAGCCCCCUCAGAGUCGAAGGUGGACGACGGUAGCGCGUCGCUGAGAGUGUACGGAGGCCAACCCCCACCAGACGAGUACACGAUGCAAUUUGAAGAAUGGAUCGAUGGUAUCAGCUUGUUUAUCAAGUAUGUGGCGGAUGCGGGUUGGAUCACUCUGGCAGAGCGUUUCGAAGGUCAUCGAAGGGUGGUAAUGGACUUACGUGACAACUUCGGGUGGAUGAUUGCCCUUCGUUACUGCAUCUUAAUCCGCCAAGGUGUAAUGCAAGAGACGAUCGACAAUCGCAUACGGAACUUUAGCACACUCCAGUCCACGAUCCUCGAGUACGCAAAACUUCAAGCAGACACCCUGCAGGAGCGUGCCUAUCGCACAAACCCCUACGCCUUAGGCGGACCCCUCGCGCACCAAAACCCACUGACUGGGCUUCCCAAAUCCACAACGGCACACUCCAAGAAAUCAAACUUAGAGACCGCCUACAGUCGGAUAGGAGCCCAAGCAACGACAUCGCCAGCGGCAACGUCACAAGGGGCGUGGAUUUCUUCUCAAAAGUGGAGGACGAUGUCGACGGAAGAGAAACACGCGGCAACAGCAGCAAGAGACCCGAACACAUCUUACCGCCGAAGGGAAGGCGACAGAGGUCGCGAGAGAGAACCUUAUCGGGAGAGAGAGAGGGAUAGAACCAGCGGUCGUGAUCGGUACUCAAGAGAUGACCGACCGAGGUAUCGCAGAAGGAGCAAGUCACGUAGCCGCAGCCCUAGAGGCACAAAAGGGAAAGGCCGAGGUAGCAGACAUUGGAGAGCACACGUUCCCGUUGUCCCCGUUGCCGAGCCACCUUCCCCCCUCCUUUCCACAUCUUCCUAA